UUGUGUUUCAUAACACAGCUUUUAUCCGCGCUUCGGCUUUUCCAUCAAAGGAGUUCCAGCCAGACCGUGGUUUCAAAUUCACCUUUUUGUGGCAGAAUGGCUCGCCCGAUAUCGUUCGUUACCGGAAACGCGAAAAAACUGGAAGAGGUCCGAGCCAUUCUGGGACCGAAGUUUCCACGUGAGUUGCUUCCCGUGAAACUUGACUUGCCAGAACUGCAAGGAGAGAUGGAUGACAUCUGCAGGAAGAAGUGUUUGGAAGCGGCUCGACGUGUAAAGGGACCGGUACUGGUAGAAGACACGUGCUUGUGUUUCAACUCGUUGAAAGGAUUACCAGGGCCCUACAUCAAAUGGUUUCUUGAGAAGCUGGAACCGGAAGGAUUGCACAAACUGCUGGACGGUUGGGAAGAUAAAUCGGCAGAGGCUGUGUGUACUUUUGCUUACGCGCCGGAUGAAAACGCGGAAGUGAUUUUGUUUCAAGGACGCACUCUAGGUGAUAUAGUUUAUCCGCGAGGCUGCCGAGAUUUCGGAUGGGAUCCCAUCUUCCAGCCCAAGGGGUACGAUAAGACAUACGCCGAACUGCCCAAGGAGAAGAAAAAUGAAAUCUCACACAGGUUUCGCGCAUUGGAUAAGCUGAGGGAUUACUUCGUGGCAGGCAACCAGUAACGAAAUUGAAAGUUUCACAGUUGGAACAAUAAACAAUUUGUUAGAAUUUACAAAAAAAA